CGGCUCCGCUUCCUCCAGGCCGGCGGAGGGCGCCCGGUUGGGGCCCGGCCCGGUGCAGCCCAGCCCGGCCCGGCUCGGCCCGGCCCGGCCCCGUGCUGGAGGAAGCGGAAGAGGCAGCGGCGGGGCCGCAUCGCCGCCGGGCAGCGCCAACCAUGCAACAUGGCAGCAGCCAUGGAAACUGAACAGCCGGGCCUUGAAAUCUUUGAAACUGCGGGCCGUGAGGAGCAGGAGCAGAGAGAGGAACAGCCAAAACUGGAACCUUACUAUGUAGAGAGACAUUCCUGGAGCCAGCUCAGGAAACUGCUCACGGAUACGCGGAAGUAUCAUGGGUAUAUGAUGGCAAAAGCCCCGCACGACUUCACGUUUGUUAAGAAAAAUGAUCCUGAAGGACCUCAUUCUGAUAGGAUCUACUAUCUGGCCAUGUCUGGGGAGAACAGGGAGAACACGCUCUUCUACUCUGAAAUUCCCAAAACCAUAAACAAAGCUGCCGUCCUGUUGCUUUCCUGGAAGCCUCUCCUGGAUCUUUUUCCGGCCAUCCUGGACUAUGGGAUGUACUCUCGUGAGGAGGAGUUGCUUCGGGAGAGGAAGCGAAUUGGCACUGUCGGGAUUGCCUCCUAUGAUUACCACCGAGAAAGCGGCACCUUUCUGUUUCAGGCUGGGAGUGGAAUUUAUCAUGUAAAGGACGGAGGUCCUCAUGGAUUCACUCAACAGCCUCUAAGACCCAUUCUGGUAGAGACCAGUUGUCCGAAUAUCCGGAUGGAUCCCAAGCUUUGUCCAGCUGAUCCAAAUUGGAUUGCCUUUAUCCACAGCAAUGACAUCUGGAUAUCUAAUAUAGAAACCAGAGAAGAGAGGAGGCUAACGUUUGUGCACAAUGAACUGGCCAAUGUUGAGGAGGAUCCAAAAUCUGCUGGCGUGGCUACUUUUGUGCUGCAGGAGGAGUUUGACAGAUACACUGGCUACUGGUGGAGCCCAAAGGCACAGCCAACACUGAAUGGGGGUAAAGUUCUUCGAAUUCUUUAUGAAGAGAACGAUGAAUCAGAGGUGGAAAUUAUUCACGUCACAUCACCAAUGUUGGAGACAAGAAGAACAGAUUCCUUCCGGUACCCCAAAACUGGUACAGCAAAUCCAAAGGUCACUUUCAAGAUAUCCGAAGUGACAAUCAAUGCAGAAGGAAGAAUUGCAGAUGUUGUGGAUAAAGAGCUAGUUCAGCCCUUCGAGAUCCUCUUUGAAGGAGUAGAGUACAUUGCUAGAGCUGGGUGGACGCCAGAAGGAAAAUAUGUCUGGUCCAUCUUACUGGAUCGCUCCCAAACUCGACUUCAGAUAGUCUUGAUCCCUCCUGCAUUAUUCAUCCCAGUAGAAGAUGAUGCAAUGGAGAGACAGAAACUCAUCGAUACCGUACCAGAUUCUGUUACGCCUUUCAUAAUUUAUGAAGAAACAACAGACAUCUGGAUAAAUAUCCAUGAUAUCUUCUAUGUUUUCCCUCAAACCCAUGAAGACGAGAUAGAGUUCAUUUUUGCUUCUGAAUGUAAAACAGGAUUCCGGCACCUAUACAAAGUCACCUCGGUUUUGAAGGAGAGCAAGUAUAAGCGGUCAUCUGGAGGUCUCCCUGCUCCAAGUGACUUCAAGUGCCCCAUCAAAGAGGAGAUAGCCAUUACCAGUGGGGAAUGGGAAGUGCUUGGGAGACAUGGGUCAAAUAUCUAUGUAGACGAAGCCAAAAAACUGGUGUAUUUUCAAGGCACAAAAGACUCGCCCUUGGAGCAUCACUUGUACGUCGUUAACUAUGAGAAUCCUGGAGAAGUGAAGCGGCUGACAGAGCGUGGUUACUCUCAUGCCUGCUGUGUCAGCCAGGAUUGUGACAUGUUCAUCAGCAAGUACAGCAACCAGAAGAACCCACACUGUGUGUCACUUUACCGGCUGACAGGACCUGAAGAUGAUGCAGCUCACAGGACAAAGGAGUUCUGGGCUACCAUUUUAGAUUCAGCAGGCCCUCUACCUGAUUACAUUCCCCCAGAAGUGUUCUCCUUUGAGAGCUCCACGGGGUUUACACUCUACGGGAUGAUGUACAAACCUCACAAUCUGCAGCCUGGAAAGAAGUACCCCACUGUGCUUUUCAUCUAUGGAGGGCCUCAGGUACAGCUAGUGAACAACCGGUUUAAAGGAAUCAAAUAUUUCCGUUUGAACACCUUGGCCUCUUUAGGCUACGUUGUUGUUGUCAUUGAUAACCGGGGAUCCUGCCACCGAGGACUGAAGUUUGAAGGAGCCUUUAAAUACAAAAUGGGACAAAUUGAAAUCGAUGACCAAGUGGAAGGGCUGCAGUACUUAGCAUCCCAGUAUGACUUUAUCGAUUUGGACCGUGUUGGCAUUCACGGCUGGUCCUACGGAGGCUACCUCUCUCUUAUGGCUUUAAUGCAGAGGUCAGAUAUCUUCAGGGUUGCUGUUGCCGGAGCACCCGUCACGCUGUGGAUUUUCUAUGACACUGGUUACACAGAGCGCUACAUGGGCCACCCGGAUCACAACGAGCAGGGAUAUUACCUAGGUUCGGUGGCCAUGCAAGCUGAGAAGUUUCCUUCUGAACCAAACCGUUUGCUGCUGCUACAUGGGUUCUUGGAUGAGAAUGUUCACUUUGCACACACUAGUAUUUUGCUCAGCUUUUUAGUGAGAGCUGGGAAACCGUAUGACUUACAGAUCUACCCUCAGGAGAGACACAGUAUAAGGGUACCCGAGUCGGGAGAGCACUAUGAACUCCACCUACUGUAUUACCUGCAGGAGAAUCUGGGCUCCCACAUUGCUGCCCUGAAGGCGAUGUAACUGACCUCUGCAGAACUCUGCUCCACUGGCUGCUUUACUGAAUGAGGAGAUGCAGGAAACUAGAGAAAAUAGGAUGGAACACUGCAUUUUGGUGCCUGCCAUGUGUACACACACACACACACACACACACACACACGGAGACACUUUUUUUUAAAGUAAAUUCGGUGCCAUACAGGAAAUUAAAGGACGGUGGCCUAAUAACUUUAAAGCUUAAGAUGUAAAUAAAAUCAAAUGUCUGUGGUGUAAUGCAGUACCAUGGGUGUUCUCUCGGGGGAGGAGCUGAAACUGAGAAUAACAUACUUCUACAGCACCAGAACUUCACAUUUUAAAAGCAUUCUGAUCUAAUUGAUGUAUUUUUACAGUGUGUUCCUAGGUAUCUUAUUACAUAAUACUAGAAGGUGUACUACACAGCAGAAAUUCACCUGGAUGGUUACAACUUAAAUUACAUUUUAAAUGUUAUCGUAUAGUUUUUAUGCUUCACGAGGGGGAUGUGUCUCACUUCUGAGAAGUCAGUCACAAGUUAGACACAUCUCCUGUCUAGAUGCCAGUUGUUUUUUAAAAAGAAACACUUUUAACUGCUUCCUAAAUAUUUUAAAUUUUGGAUUCAGUUGAGUUGAUGCCAUGUUCUUUUCAGUUAUUUCUUCUCUCCCCAGGAUAAAUCCUGCCUUUUUUUUUUUUUUCUUUUCAGCAGCUUGAUACCCUGUCCUGAUUGUACUUGAUUUCACCUGGGGAAGUGAAGCGAUGUUUUACUGUUAUGUGGGCAUAACAAUCUUUUAUUCUGAGAUGCAAACUAAUUUAAGACAAAGAACUGAAACUUUGUGGAUUUUAAAACAAGCUUAAAAGUGUAGCCCAUUUCUUGUUGACAUUUUUCCCUGCUGUUCAUUCUGGAGCUGUUUUUGCAGUACUGUUUUCUGACUGUCACAUCAGCAUGAUAUAGGUAUAUAAAUCCUGUUACAAUUUUAAUAUACAAUACUCUAAUUCAAAGGUCUACAGAGAAUUUGGUGAGGAGAGACCUUACGAACACUACAUGUGAGGCAAUGUGAACUGUUGUCGUGAAUUUCCUACUUUAUUCAAGGGAUUAUUUCCCAGACUCGCACUCUUUUCAGUCCUCCAUUCCUGGGUCAUUUCUAGCACUGCUGCCUAGCAUGAUUAUGAUGCUGUAUUUGAGAACCCCCUCCCUCUGUGUAGCUUAAGGUAACCCACUAAGCCUAAAAGAUCUGCAAUCCCAGUUGUGUUUUUGUUAGUGAGGUUUUAACUAAGCAGCAGGCUUGGCUAAAAAGCAUCGCGUGUGAAGUCUCUUUUAACUUGCAACAAGUCGUUUAAGAUAGAAAUCCAUAGCAAAAUGAUUCUCUUUAAUCCAGGAAAUUCUCCCCUUGGGGCCUGCCUCUGAGACUCCUAUAAGUUUUAAUGGUUUUCUUAGAAACCUAAGAACUUCCUUUUCUUUCUGUUUUGGUGCUGGAGAGAAGCAGAGCAUGAUUUUUCUUUUCAUCUUUUAAAAAUCUGGAAUCACUCUCAGUGUUUACGCUCUUAGUACUCCACAUGUCGUAACCUCGUAUUUUACUCGCUUUUGUACUGUUCAGCUUGACCCCAAAGCUCCGGGAUUUAACACAAUCUGGUUGUGUUGUAUCAAACCGCAUCAUUUUUCAGUGAGGCUGCUGGACAUAUGCACCAAAGCAAUCGUGGCUGGUGCAGUUACACGGCUGUAAAACCGCUGUGUGAGAACAGGAUCUGUUUUUUGGGUUAUGCAAAAGAUAGCCAAAGCAAACAGGCAUCCAGUAAGUGUAAAUUUCCUCUGACGUGGGAGUAUUUGGUUUGGGAUGUUUUCUGUUUUUCAGAUCACAGGGGUUUUUAAGCGGAUCAGAUAAAAUGCUACUAGCAGGUCAAUUACAGCCUUACCGUUUUGAUUUGGGGAAGGGCAUAGCGUGGGAAGAGCCCAGCUCCUUAUAAUGUCUUCUACUUGAGUAAUUAAUUUUUGUGACUGAAGCUGGGCUAUCCGGAGUGUGCUAUAGUCAGUACUGAAAGAGGAAUAAGUGUGCUGAUGCACUUGAACUGGAGCAUGGCAGUGAGUAGGGAAAAGUAUAAGCUGUUACUAUUGAAUUCCUUUUUGUUUCUUAAGUGUUCAAGCUGUAUUAUAUAUACAUAUAUCUAUAUCUGUUCAUAUAUACAUAUAUGUAUAGAAUUACACGUGGAUAGUAUCACCUUUUCCAAGGUUGUUUAUAUUUUGUUCAAUAUUUAAUUAACUUGUUUUUUGGGGACGUUUUUGCUCUUUUUCUAGAGGUGAUUACCCUUGAAUGUAAAUGUAUAUGAUUUUUAAGAUAAAAUGGAUCCUUUUGUUUAAAAAAUGAAAAAACAAAAAUGGCCUUCAUCAAAUAGUGCUUUUUGGCAACUGAAGAACUAAAUGUUAUGCAAGCAAACUGGGCUAGGUUUUGGUUUAGCACAGGAUGUGAUUUUAAGAGCUGACAUAUAACUUCUAAAUAAUGCAUCCUUUCUUUGUUUUAAAUAUAUAUAUAUUGAAAAGCUAUUAAAGUACAAAGUACUGUACUCUAUUUUGCAACAUAAA